AACCUACUGAGCCUAAUGUAAGCCUCCUGGAUGAAAGUGAUAAAAAAAACAAUUAGAAAUUAUAACUCGCAGGUGAUAUUUACUCAGGAUUACAAUUAACCUACAAUAUGUCCUUCUCCACCUCCCAGUAAAGACUAUGAACAUUUUUUUAACAUUAUGGCCAAGACAACAUGUAUUAAUUUUGUUCUAGAUAAAAGAUGCCAUUGCCUAUCAUUCCGACACCAGAGGCUGAAGUAAGCUCCCCGGUUGGGGGGGGGGGGGGGGGCUUAAUAAAAAAGGAAAAUGCCCCCUUUAAAAUUUUUUAAAAAUAUUGGCAAAAAAAAAUGUCUUUAUUUUGUUUUAAAUAAAAAAUGCCAUUGCCUAUCCUUCCGGCCACAAAGGGUGAAGUAAGCGCCCCGGGUGGGGGGGGGGGGGGAGGCUUAAUAAAUAAUGGAAAUGUCCCCUUUAAAAGCUCAAGAGAAAAGUUGUACAUCUUUAAAUAAUUUAUACUUACAAUUUAAUAUUAUGUUGCCCUAUCAAUAUCAAAAAAAGAUAUCACACCAGGUAAGAAAUGUGUUCACAUUUUGAAUUUUUUGCUAUGAUAACAAAACGUAUUUUUCAAAAAAUUUUGUUUCUAGAUUCUAGGUCCCAAUUCAGUGCGACAGCAAAAACCUUCAGCUGGACCUAGCAAACAACCAACUGAGCCAAACAUGUAAGCUACCCCUGGGGGAGGGGGGGAAGCUCUACAAAACAAUGGAAAUAUUAAAUUGCCUAUCUUCUCAUUUUUAAUUUUACAUCUCUUUAAACACUUUUCAGUGGUUCGCAUUAGAUACAUAAAGGAUGUUACCAGUACGGUAAAAAAUAUCUUCUUUUUUUUUCGUCCUGAAAAAGAAACAGACGGUUGUUUCAGCUGUUGUAAUUAUACAUGGAUUGGAUGAAGAUAACAUGAAUUUGAAGAAGAUACAUUUUCAAAAAUUGAAAGUAUACAAUUUGUUUUUUAAUUUAUAAAACGUAUCUGAAUGGUUAUGUUUUCAUUAGUCCUCCUUUGAAACAAUUUUGAAACAAAAGACGUCAUUUUAGAGCCAACAAGAAUUGAAAUAAGUGGGCGUCAUCCAAGGGUAAGCUACUCUUAUAAACAAAAAAAUGUGGACAAACCCCAUAGCCUUAUAUUAUGCGCUUAAUCUAUACCAAUAAACAAAUUAUUAUUAAGUAGGGCUUUGGUCAGCAAGUGCGCAAAAUGAAACUCCAUAAUAAUUGGACUGACUAUGAUUCUUUAAUAUACCAGUAAUGCGUUACUGAAAGUAAUAUUUAUAGAGAACAAUGUACGUUUAAAACAUUUAUAAAAGUUCCAAAUUUUAAUAGACUGGUUCGUAAGCGACUGCAUAUUUUAAUUACUUUGACAUCAUAACAACUGGUAUUGAUUGAUUUUGUUCCAGACUCGGGUUUCUAAGGCUCCGCGAGCUCAACGGUCCUUAAAAGAACCUUAUAUUCAGCUGCCGGGACCUAAAGACAGCAACCAAAAGGAAAAGCCUUACUAAACUGUGGAAAUAGUAUCCUGACUGGCUCCAGAGAAUAUUUAGACAUUUGUUUAAAAUCGUUUGCAUUGUGUGGCGUUAGAUACCUUUAGAUUACAGGGUGCUCUUAAUAAAUUUAGAUGUUUACCUUAAAAUAAACAUGAUUUUUUUGUUCUCCAAAUUAUUAAAUCAUUGUGUCGGCAAUACAAUUUUCAAACCAUUGUUUUCUAUUUCCUCUCAGUAUUUAACGAACAUUAUUGAACGUAAUUGGAAUACAUACCAUUAAGCAGAUGAAUAGUCACAUUAUAUAUAUAAAUGUGUGUGUAUAUAUAUACCUAUAUAUAUAUAUAUAUAUAUAUAUAUAGGUAUAGGCAGACAGGCAGACAGGCAGGCUGGCAUA